CAGGGGAGGGGGAGACGGACACGGGGGGCGCGGGGAGUGGGCGAGGAGGGUCACGGGUUCCACGGCGUGGGCACAGCGGGAGCAGGGGGGCGCGGAUGUGGCAGGGUGGGCGCGGGGCCGAGGGGGUGGACGCGGGGACGCUGGGGCGAGGAGUGGGCACGGACACGGGGGAGGCAGGCGAGGGGGUGGGCAUGGAGGGGCGAGGACACGAGGGGGAUGGGCAUCCAGGGAGGGGGCACUCGGGGGGUCAUGGACACCAGGGGGUGAGUUAAAGGGGCAGUGACACGAGGGGACACGGCCACGGUGGUCGCGGAGGGACACGAGGGGGUGGGCGCGGACACGAGGGAUGCAGGGGGUGGGCAUGUGGCAGGGUGGGCACGGACGCCAGGCGGUGGGCACGGAGGGACACGGACAGGAAAGGGUGGGCACGGACAUGAAGGGGUGGGCAUGGGAGGGGGGACACAGGGGGACACGGGGGACACAGAGGGACACGGAUGUGACAGGGUGGACGCGGAGGCGAUGGGGUGGACUUAAAGGGGCAGCGACAGGAGGGGAUGGAGACAGGAUGGUCAUGGAGGGACACAAGGGGGUGGCCACAGACACGCGACACAGAGGGACACGGAUGUGACAGGUGGACGUGGACACGACGGGGUGGACACAUGCAAGGGGUUGGGCAUACAGGGACACGGACACGAGGGGGACACACGGACAGGAGUGGGAGCAGGUAGUCAAGAAGAGACUCGGACACCAGGGGGCGGACACGAACACGGUGUGACACGGUGUGACACGGUGUGACACGGGGGGACACGGGGGGACACAGAGGGACAGGGAUGGACACAGGGGGCGGACGUGGGGGGACAUGGACACCGGCGGGGGCUCGGACAUGGCGAGUGGACACGAACAUGAUGCACACGGAACACCGAGCUGCAGACACGGGGAGGCGACACCGGGAUGGGGACACCCACCCUGCCAGGGGACACAGCCACAGAGACCCCCGGCUCCCACCCACCCCGGGGUCCCCCCACACUUGGGGGGUCCCUGUGCUGCCGGGGGGAAGGUCUGUGUGCCCACACGCGUGUCCCCCACCCCUCGGGUCACCGGGGUCACCGGGACACUCAGCCAGUGCUGGGGGGAUGCUCAGCACCCCAAUUAAGGACCGGGGGUCUGGCAGGGGUCAGGGGGUGCUGACGUGGGGGUGCUGCCCCCCUGCCCCCCCCCGGGGCUGGCUACGCCCUGACAGGGUGACACGGGACAGCCGGACCCGCCUGUUCCUCUUCCCCACACCAGGCAACAGCGGCCGGAGCGCAGGCUCCCGCUGCAGUGGAAGGACCAUGGGGGUCCCUGCGGCCUCGCUGCUGCUGCUGCUGCUGCUGCUGCUCCCCGUGGCCCCCACACUCCUCGUGUCCCCCUGUUUCCCUUUGCUGCUGGACAUUUCCCAAGAGCUGGACCUGACCAACCGCAGCAGCGGCUGCGCCGAGCUGGACUGGAGCCCGUUCCAGGGGCACCGCCGGGUGCUGCUGAGGCACAACGGCAUCGAGGCCCUGAGCCCCUCGGCCCGCCUCGGGUCCCGGCUGGAGGAGCUGGACCUGGCGGAGAACCGGCUGCGGGAGCUGCCCGACGGCUUCUUCACCAACGCCACGGCGCUGCGGAGCCUGAGGCUGGAGGGGAACCCCCUGCCCGCCGUGCCCCCCGCCGCCUUCCAGCCCACGCUGCGCUCCCUGAGCGUGUCCUGCCGCUGCGACGUGCUGGGCACCGUGCUGGCCCCCUGUGCCCGCGGGGGGAUCCGCUGCCUGUGCCUCACAUCCCACCGGCAUCCCUUCAACGUCACGGAAUUCCACGGCCGGGAGUGCGGGCCAGGCGCGGGGCUGGUGGCCGGGCUGGUGGCCGGAGCGGCCGGGGCGGUGGCCGUGCUGGUGGCAGCGCUGGUGGCCGCCGUGUGGUACCGGCGGAGGAGAGCGGGAACCGCGGUGGGCGGCGGGGGAAGGGGGAAGCAGGAUCCCGCUGGAACCCUCCGGCAGCCCCGCUACAUCAGCCGGGACACCGGGAGCGGCAGCGCCGAUGUCACCGACGGCCCCGACUACGAGAACGUCUUCGUGAAUCCCGGCACGGCUCCGGCUGCAGCGCAGGGAUGGGCACCGGCCUGGAAGGAGCCGCGCUACAGCCCCCAGGUCCCCCUGCACGAGGAUUAUUUCCUGGAGAGCGCCGCCGAUCCCGGGUUCCAGCCCAUCUACGCCAACACUCUGGGCCCCACCGAGGACAUCUACAUCACUCCUGACCAGUGAGGGGCUGGGGGGACACUGGGAGGGCUGGGGGGACGCUGUGUCCCCCGGUGCUGCCCUUUCCCGGGCUGUCCCCCAGCCCAGCGGGGACAGGGACGUUCCCCCUGCGGGGCCGCGCGUGGUUCCCACGCACAUCCUGUGGGAGCUCCUUUUGCAGGGUUCUUUUGUUUUGUUUUGGUUUUUUGGCAGCCCCAGCUCCCUCCUUCGCCCCAGUUCUCAGGCGGAGGUGAGGGCUGAGCUGACAUUUCCUCCCGGGGCUGCGGCCACCGACCGCGGGGACGCCUCUGCCGCAUCCGCCGGCAGCGCCCCCGGAGCGCCGGGCCCGGGACACGCCCGGGGCCGGCUGGAGGAGCUGGGGCCGGGCUCAGCCCGGCUGACCACGGCCUCGGCUUCCUCUUCCCCUUUUGAGCCGAUGGAGAGCUCGCCUGGGGACGGGCUGGCGGUUGGGGACAUCCGGUGCCACCUGCUCAAUCUUUUCCUGCUAUAUCUGCUGCUUUGGGGAACAAAGAAAAAACUCAUUUUUUUUAAUCCUCCUGGUGAGACCCCGAGCUGUUGGGACAUAGGGACCCCAUGGCUUGUCUGGGUGUCCCCCCAGUCCCUGGGAGGCUUCACUGUGCCCCAUUAAAUGGUUUAAUUAUCUCUAA